AUGACCCCAGAGGAGCUGAAGCGCGAGCUUCAGGGCUGGUACUUGUAUGACUUCGCAAAUUCCGCCUUCUUCCAGGCGGCAGCCACGAGGAGCUCUCGGGACCAGCCCGAGCUGUGCAGCAACCUCGGGGAUAACGUGACGCACACCAACUGCCGCAAGUGCUUCGAGGGGAAGGGCGAGAUGGUGCAGAUCGUCGACCCAAUCACCGGCGCGGUCUCCGCGAUGGACAUCGACACCCCGGAACUCCCCGGCGGCAUCGACCCGACAUCGUUUCUGUUCACCGUGAUCUCCAUCAGCGUCCUCUUCCAGGCCAUCGCGUUCAUAUCGCUCGGCACCCUGGGCGACUACGGCGAUUACAGGAAGAGAGGAUUGGUCGCCGCGUCCACCGCCGGGGGCGUCGCGACGUGUAUGUACGUCAUCGUCCCCGCCGACGCGUCGCUCUACUGGCUCGGGGGCGUGCUGAUGAUCGUCGCGAACGUGUGCUUGGGCGUGUCCGUGGUGUUUUACAACUCGUAUCUGCCGCUCAUGGUGGACGACUCGGAGGAGGUGCGGAACGCGAUGGCGGGUGGAAAGGAAAAGGGCGUCGAGAGCGAGCGCGACGUCAUCGACGCCCAGGAGGCGGUGAGCUCCGAGUACUCGUCCAAGGGGCAGAUGUGGGGAUACGUGGGCGGUACCACUUGUUUGGUGUUGUCCGUGAUCGCCCUCCUGGUGCUCGUCGCGUUGGGUGCGGAGUGGUUCUGGGCUCUUGGCGUGACCAGCGCGCUGUCGGGGGCGUGGUGGCUCGGAUUUUCGUACUUUGCGUUUCGGCGGUUGCCGCACCGACCGGGCCCGCCGUUCCCGGCCGCGAUGAACGUCUACACCGAGGGCUGGCGCAAGACGUACAGGUUGCUCGCGCUCCUGUGGCGCACCGAGGUGAACACGUUCUACUUCCUCAUUCUCUUUUUCAUAUUCUCCGACGGAUACAGCACGAUUUCGACGAUUGCGGUUAUGUUUGCGUACCACGAGCUCUGCAUGGAUCCCAUGCUGCUGGCGCUCAUCGCGAUCAUCGUGCCGCUCACGGCGGUGUUCGGCGGGUACGCGUGGUUAAGGUUCCAAAGGCGGUUCGGGUGGAGCAGCAAGAGCGUUUUGGUGCUGAACCUGAUGCUGCUGGCGUUGAUUCCGCUGUGGGGUUGCGUGGGUUUUUUCACCGAAGACUACGGGCUGCAGACGCAGGGGGAGAUGUACGUGCUCGCGGUGUGGUUUGGGCUGUGUCUGGGUUCCGCGCAGGCGUUCGGCCGCGCGCUGUUCUCCGAGCUGAUCCCCGCGGGUCACGAGGCUGACAUGUUCGCGCUGUUCGAGAUCACCGAUAAGGGAUCGAGCUGGCUGGGACCGAUGGUCGCGGCGGCGGUGCGGCAGCGCACGGGUCGAAUUCGACCGACGCUGUUUUACCUCCUCGCCGCGAUGGUCCUGCCGGGCAUGGCGCUCCAGGCGCUCGACCUGACGGAGAGCAUAGAGAACGCGCGAAGGUCAAAGUCUGCGCGGGGCGCGGUCAAAGACACGGAGCUCGCGAUUUGA